AUGCCGAGCGCCACGGCGCUAUUUGCGGCUCACCGGCGCCGAUGCAGCAAGCCCUUGACAGGGGUAGCAGCCGCUCGACGUCUGCAACCCGACCCACAAAAACGACGACGGAGAUCUAGAGAGAGCUGUGGCGAUCGUUCGGGGCAAGGGACGCUAGACCCAGACGACCCGCUGCCUCGCACGAUGGAGGAGCUCUACCGCCGCAUCGCCAGCGAGCCGCCGUUGAACCUAGAGCAGCAGUACAAGAAGGCCCUCGAGCCCGACGCCGAGGAGAUUGGCAUGGUAGAGGAGGCGGUCCGAGCCACCUUCAAGUGCACGGAGGAUGACGCGUGGUGGGAUGAAAACGGCCAAGAGUGGGACAGGAUGGCGGAAAACCCGGGGGAACACUUCGCGCUUGGGCGGGAAGAGGACAGGGGCGGAGGGGUGGUGUGGGGAAUGCAGGACUACUUCGGCGAGGAAGCGCCGGAGUGGGGGCUCUCGGACGAGCCGGCAGUGAACUUCAGCCUCAGCGCGUACAAAGCGGGGAUACCCGGGCGUGCGGCGAAGGACGGGGAGGGGAGGGGGAGAGAAGCGGCCGAGCUAUUCGAGCGAACGCCGUUCGCGCAGUACUGGGAAUCGGUACCUGACCUGCGGGCUGCCGGGCGCGUCUACGCAUACAACGCCGUGGAUCGCAUGGCCGCGCUCAAGUUCCUGAUGAAUUGUACUUACAACGGGAUGCACGGUUCUGCGGAAAGUAUGCAGAGUGGUCACUUUCUGUGGGGGUACGUGGACCAGCUUGACUGGAUGAGGCGCUCGGGCCGCCUGUCCAGCACACCGGGCUCCAUCAAGGUGGAUCCAAACUCGUGGUGGGGGCGCGUGAGCUUCGCCUUGACGAUUGUCCCGUUGGUGGCGGCUGUAGAGAGCGGCGCGUGGGACGACGAUCAAGUCGCCGCCAUUUCCGUGCUGGGCGUAAGCGGGGACGGGUCGGGGCGAAACGACGACCUGCAGCUUCCUGAGCUGCGGCGAGCAGUGCGAGCGUGGCGCCGGGUGUGGCGCUUCCGUGACCCCGAUAUCGCCGAUCGGGUUGUGUUGGACAUGCCGGUCCACGACUCCCUCCAGGAGCGGGUCCGCCGGGCGCAGUGGGCGGCCCACCUCGAGUCUCUGGACGCGGUGGAGGCCCUCUACGGCAAGGAAUUCGACAUGCUGCCGUCGAAGGCGGAGCGCGAGUUCGCUCGUGGCUGGUGCCGCGCGGCGAGGCUGUUCGCCGCGGCUGCUGCCCAUACCAACCUCGAGCGGUGCCUGCUGCCGCUCGGGGCGGGCUACGCGCCCGAGCGCUUGCUCACGGACGACGACGACUUCCUCACCGCAGCCGCCCGCAAGCAGGGCCCGCGUUCUUUAGAGAGCGUGCCUUUCGGACCUCCGGACUUGGUUGCCGAGGCGGAGAGGGACUCCGCGGUGGCUGGGAACGCUGGGCGCGCCGGUCUUCGAGGGGUUGUGCCGCCUGUGGCGUCGGUCGUGCACGUCGUACCCUGCCAGGCGCAGGGCCGCCCGGGUGCUCCGCGAGGCCUGCUACGGGGGGCGGAGAGCGAAGGCCGCGGCUUGGGCGAAGUCGUUCCUGUUCCUCUUCGUCCCCAACCUGAACUACCGGAAGCUAACCUUCCCGCUCGGCGUGGACCCCGCCGAGGAGGUCGAGUACGACCCGGACUUCGAGCCCCGCGACUUCUCUAAGCCGUACCCGCGACCCGUCGGGUCUCGCCCCUUGAACCCUCUGCAGUGGCCGUGGUACGAGGGCCGAAGGCCCGACCCGUCAGCGGGGCUCCCGGGG